AUGAGUGUGUGUAACAAAAAUUAUUUAUAGGAAACCUUCCCACAAUAUGUUGAUGAUUAGCUAAAUAGAGUUGCUGAGGAAGACAGGAACAUGGAUAAAUCAUAGAGAAUUUUUAACAUAAUUGAUAUUUUGAGUGAACUUAAGGUUUUAUCCUUUGGGUUAGCCACUAAAUUGAAAUCUUAAGAAGGAUUUAUGUUAUUCCCACAAAUUAUAUCUGAAAAGUACAUAAUUGAAUUUAAAGAUAUCAAAUCUUGUAAAUUGAGAAAGAACGAACCCUCUUAUUUUUAAGCUUGGGCAUUUGUGAAUUUAGAAUUAAUCGAUAUGUACAAGUUACAAACAUUUUUGCGCAUUUUAUGUAUUUUAGCAUAUUUUGAGUGCAAAAAAUAUUUUGAGUCUUUUCUUGUAGAUUAUAAGUCCAAAUAUGAAAACGAUCUCUUUAAAGUGUUUUUACUGUUGUAAACACAAAAAAAAGAAUUUUAAAUAGAAGCAGAUAACUUCUUUCUCCAAUUAAUUGAGAAAUGUGAAUGUAAAAAUAAUUAGUUCAUUUCAUAUAUGACUAAGUUCUGUAAAGAGAAGAACAUGCUAAAAUGCUUGGGAUAUUUGGAAUCAAUAAAAUCAACAAACAAAGUUUCUUCUGAAAAACGUAAGGGUUUUCAAAAAUUUAAAGAAGAACUAGUGAAAAAAGAGUCACUGUAAGAAUCACAAUAAACCUCUCAAUAAAUUGUAAUUUAACCUUAAAACACUUCCUAAAUCAUAAAGAGACAUUCAUCAAUUUUCCCCAGGAAAUCAUUGGAUUAAUAAAGUCACUUGAUCUAAUUUUAGGAAUCAGCAAAGGAUUUGAUAAAAUCAAUUGGAAUGAAUAGACCGUCAUUGACAAUGAGAACCAUGAAGGAUGGAAUCAAUCACAAAUAUAAGCGUGAAAAUGACAAUAGACAAUAAAGAUAUAUAUAAAGUGAAAUAAGUUAACAGAGAUAAUUUCAUGAAGAGGUUUGCCGAAAAUUGGAGAUAGUACAAAGGAGGAGAGUUGCUUGUUGGAAUUCAGAUUGUUUGGCUCCUGAAACUCCUGAAAUUUAUAGUGAUUGA